AUGGAUGUGAGGGUAGCCCACUGCCUGCUCCUUUGGGCUGUGCACUUCUUCCCAGCCACGCCGCGCACUGCUCUCAGGGUUGUCAGUAAGGAAUCGAAGAUUGGUAAUCAGCAAGGUGGGUGUAUAAAUCUUAUACCCUGCAAAGAUAACGGAGCUAUUUGUAUUCAGCCUUGUUCUCCCCCCUUCCAUGGGGAGACAAGCUUUGUCUGCGAAAACAGAAAGUGGCAAAUGUUCACAGAUGCUUGUGCUAGCCUGGAUGUUCAGUCCCUUUUUCAGAGGAUUUCUGAACGCGAACUUGUUCCAAGCUCUGGAGGACAUGUUAGUGUUGCUGGAGGACACCUUCCUUUUGUAGGGGAAGGAAAGCCAGACCGUGGGAAGCCUGGAGAUGGAGCAAAAUAUUUUGGUGCUGAUGACUAUGGGGAUAGUAACUGCCAAGCUGAUUUUUCAUGCAUCAUCCCAGAUAUCCUGUCUUCACCAGCCAUUCCAGGAAACAUUGCUGAUAUAGUGGAGUUGCUAAAGAAGAUUUCCCUGCUGUUUUUGGAGAACGUCAAUAGAGGAAAAAUGCAGAGUUACAGCAGGAUAGCAAACCAUAUUCUAAACAGCUCCAUCAUUUCCAACUGGGCUUUUGUAAGGGACAGAAAUGCCAGUUCGAUAUUACUGGACUCGGUGAAUUUAUUUGCUGGGAAACUUCUUCUAAGGAAUGGGUCAGAAAGUAUACAGGAACACUUCAUCUCUACAAAAGGCUACAGCAUACAUAAAAAUAGUUCAGGGAAGAGCUUUGAUUUUUCUAUGGCAUUCAGUAACACAGGCAAUAUCACUGGGCACAUGGUCAUUCCAGAAGAAGAACUUUUGAAGUUACCCAAGACUUCCAAAGCCAUCAGCGUUGCAUUUCCAACGCUUGGAGCCAUUAUAGAAACCAGCCGGUUGGACCCUGGCUUGGUGAAUGGAAUGGUCUUGUCUGUGUCUCUGCCAGAAGAGCUCCGGCAUAUUUUGCUCACCUUCGAAAAGGUGAAUAAACUGGAGAACGUCAAGGCUCAGUGUGUUGCGUGGCACUCUGCUGAAAGGAGGUGGGAUAGCAGGGCAUGCACAGUGAAGUCUGACAACAUCAGCAGCGUUGUUUGCAUCUGCAGGCAUCACCGUCGGACGUUCAAAUCCUUUUCCAUUUUGAUGUCCCCCACCACGCUGCGAAAUGCAGUGCUGGAUUACAUUACUCGNGUAGGGUUAGGCCUUUCCAUUUUCAGCUUGGUUCUCUGCCUUAUCAUCGAGACUGUUGUCUGGCAUCAUGUUACAAAAACUGAAAUAACCUACAUGCGCCACUUUUGUUUGGUUAACAUCGCUACAUCCCUUCUCAUUGCUGAUGUUCUGUUCAUUUUGGCAGCUGUCAUGCACAAUACAGCCCUAAACUACCAGUUGUGUGUAGCAGCCACUUUUUUCCUUCACUUUUUCUAUCUUGCCUUGUUUUUUUGGAUGUUUACCCUGGGCCUCUUGAUUCUCUAUGGAUUAUUGUUAAUUUUUUUUAAGAUAACAAGAUCUGUAUUAAUAGCUACAGCAUUCUCUAUUGGCUAUGGAUGUCCCUUGGUCAUAUCUAUCCUCACUGUUGCCAUUACUCAACCAAAAAAUGGGUAUUUAAGGAGCGGUGCCUGCUGGCUCAACUGGUAUGAGACGAAAGCCCUUUUGGCCUUUGUUGUCCCUGCUCUGAGCAUCAUUGUUGUGAAUGUGGUGGUGGUGGUGGUGGUUGUGGUGCAGACUGGAAGAUCCUCUGUUGGAGAAGGCUGCAAGUCACAAGAUUUGAGCAACAUGAUCCGAAUUAGCAAAAACGUGGCCCUUCUGACGCCUCUCCUGGGUCUCACCUGGGGGUUUGGAUUGGCAACGAUCGUUGACAGCCGCUCUCUGGCAUUCCACAUUACAUUUGCGCUACUGAACGCCUUCCAGGUAAAAUCUGCGAGGCAGGGAAUGCUGUGUGCUCAGACUUUGCUGAACUUGGGAAAAGGUAGUAGACCUAAAAGGGGCUGGCAGCUUGAGCUGUGA